AGUGUUUGGGACCAGGGCGAAUCCAGCUCCAGUUCAAACAAUAUGCCAGGGUCCUUUCCACCAUCAAAUGCCACAGGUUACAGAAAUUUGGUUACUGGCAGACCCCCAGCCAUGCAAAAUCUCAGCUCGAACAAUGCUUCCAUGAACUUAAAUUUGAAUGAUGGCCAACCGUGGAAUCAUGAUUGCCAUCGAGGUUCUGGAGCAGUUGCACCUCAGAAUCUGUAUAAAUCUGGUCAUUCGGCGGUGGAACAGAAUUCAACCUUUUAUGCUUCUUCAAGUAACAUAGGAACCUUUUCUGGUCGUUCGAGUAAUUCAUCAGAAAAUUACGAUUCAGCAGGUCCAUCUUUUGGUUCCUGGGGUUCAUCUUGUAAGAGAAAGGCUCUUGAGGGCACCUCUGGACAAUUUUACCCUGGUGGAAGUUCGAGCUCGAAUCAGCCAAUGGGAAAGAACAUAAUGCAGCAUCCAGCUCAUGGUAGUUACAAUACUUCAGGAAGCUUGAGUAUAUCUUCUGGUCCGGUGAACUUGUCUUCAACGAAUCUCGUGGAGCAACUAAAUCCAAGUAUUGGGGUUGGUGUGAAUAGAGUGGCUCCCAGCCCUUUUCCCUCUUCAAGUGUUCCAGGAGUGCCAGAAAGCUCGGCUAGACAUUUUGCAGUAAGAUCGAAUCAUGGACGCCAUGAGCCUACUCCGUUCAAUACACCUAGAAGUUCAUCUAUGAGGAGCUCUGGUGUUUACGCUUCCCCUUUUUCAAGACCUAUUGCAAACACCGAUUCUGCAGAAUUGAGGUCAUCUAUCACACCACCAAUGAACCAACAAAAUUCUCUGACUCGGCCUCAUUUGAUGCCUGUAAAUGAGGCAAGAGGAACACACUCAUACCCUUGGAAUGGUUCUUUGAGGUCACGAGGCAGUAGUUCAUCAAGUUCUUUUACAGUCUAUGGAGAAAGUGGUCAUGGAGCACCCGAGGAAAUUAACGUUAGAAGUUCUCGUAGAAAUAAUCUCGAGUACCCCAUGACCGUUUCUGCACCAGAGACAAGAAAUGUCAUGCCGGAUCAAAUCGAUUGGAGUUUUGCUCCUGGAACUUCUGCAUCUUCUAGGAAUCAUCCUACUGGUUCAAGUAUUGGUCCCAGUUCUGGAGGCAGGACCUAUUCUGGUGCAUGGUUGCCUCAUCAAAACCCGGCAUUACAAAAUCAUGAAAGGUUAUCGGAAUCUCUUCCUUGGAUUCCUUCCCAUCGAGUUGAGCCUGAAUCCGGGACUCUUAGAAGGAAUUUUUCAGUUUUGCCUUCAACGGACGAGGCAGCUAAUACUAGUCGACAUCAUUUAGAUCAAAGGUCAGCAGCACUGUUGAUGGAUAUACCAGGCGAUGAUAUUACUGGUCGGCGUUCUUUGGCUGCUGUUGAGGGCAGACAUAGACUGAUACGUCAGCUCUUGAAUGCCAUGCGGAGGGGUGUACACUUACAAGCUGAGGAUUAUAUGCUCAUCGAUCCUUUUAUGAAUGAAUUUGCUGAGUUGCACGACAGACACAGAGAUAUGAGGCUUGAUGUCGAUGAUAUGUCCUAUGAGGAAUUAUUGGCUUUGGAGGAGCGAAUUGGGAACGUGAGCACCGGGCUCAGUGAAGAACAAAUCAGGGGCUCCAUGGAACAGCGAAGGUAUGAAGCAGCUGGAAGCACACUGCCAAGCAUGGAGCCGUGCUGUGUAUGCCAGGAGGAUUACAUAACUGGAGAAGACAUCGGAAUAUUGAACUGUGGGCACGAGUUUCAUACAGGCUGCAUCAAGCAGUGGCUUGUGCUGAAGAACAUUUGCCCCAUAUGUAAAACGACGGCCUUGGAAACUUGAAGGCGAAACGGUGCUCUCCCCUUAAAAUAAUGUCCCUAUUUUUCACCCUUAUCCCAUUGAAGGGUGUGUUUUCCUUUUCUUUUUACAGCUAUGGUUGAAACUGGUCCGUGCUCUCCUCACCGGCUUGGUGGACUCGAGAAAGGAGAGAUCCACAUGGAGUGAGUUGUGAGAAGUGUGCACCAUGAUACUCUUUUAGGAUUGAAGUUGAUAAUCUAUGAACAAUUUUGUAUUCUUCAAACAUGAAAACUUUGAGCCUAUGAACUAAAUAUUAAUGCUAUAGACUGACAUACAUUAUUGGA